AUGGCGGUGUCGGUGGAGCUGACGAAGGAGUACGGCUACGUGGUGCUCACCGUGGUGGCCUACGCCUUCCUCAACUUCUGGAUGAGCUUCCAGGUCGGCGCCGCCCGCAAGAAGUACAAGGUGUUCUACCCCACCAUGUACGCCACCGAGGCCGAGAACAAGGAUGCCAAGCCCUUCAACUGCGUCCAGAGGGGGCACCAGAACUCGGUUGAGAUGAUGCCGCUCUUCUUCACCACGCUGCUGCUCGGUGGCCUGCAGCACCCGGUCAUCGCCGCCGCGCUGGGGCUCCUCUACACCGUCGCCAGAUUCUUCUACUUCAAGGGCUAUACCACCGGCGUCCGGGAAAGCCGCCACAAGCUUGGCUAUUGCCUUUUCUCCGCUAGCAGUAGUGAACCUCCUCUCUGGGAUGGGGUUGCCCUUCUGCUUACCACAUGCUUGCGCGCCCCUUCGUACGGCAACACGUCGGCUUCAUUCUUGGUGAAUCUCGUCCGGCCUGGUGCUGCCGGACAAGGUUUGUCACGGCCCUCCAGCAGCCUUGCACCCCUUGAGGGACGACGACACGAAUGCCAACAACGGUGCGGCAGGAUAGAGCGGACACACGUAUAA